AUGGACGAGGGCUUCCAAGCUCGGAAAAGACAACGAGUAAUUAAAGAAGACUCCGUGUCAGAGGAGGAAAGUGCGAAAUAUCGGAGGUCUAGAGCACCAAGCAACGCAAAAGUCCGCCGUACAUCCACCGCGGACGCUUCGAAGAAGGCUCGCAUCCAAGUGAACAGCAAAGCGCCUCGAGAAAACCUAUCCGAAGAGCAAAAACGAACAAACCAUAUUCUUUCCGAGCAAAAACGACGCAAUCUCAUUCGACAGGGCUUUGAUGACCUUUGCUCUCUUGUACCUGGUCUCCGUGGCGGGGGGUUCAGCAAGAGUGCCAUGCUUACCCAAGCUGCCGACUGGCUUGAAGAUAUCAUGCAUGGCAAUGAAAUCCUUCGAAAUCAACUGGCGGAUAUGAAGGGCAUCAAUGGCCUUGUGAUGCCACGAUGA